AUGACCCGACUCACAAACUUCUUCACAGCUCUAUACGCACUCUACUCUCUCCCACUAAUCUCCGCUUGGACCUUUGUCUGGAGAAAUGCCAGCGACACCCCCACCGUCGAAGAAGGCACCGGCGCACAGCCCUGCAAGGCAAUCGACCAUGCAAAAGGCAAAUAUUUCGAAUUCGACGCCGAGGACAGCAUUGUGCGGAUCUACCUGUACGGAUCACCCAAUUGCACGGAUAGCGCCGGCGGUAGGGCCGAAGAUUAUCUCGCGAAGAACUCGAGUAGUCUGAUACGGGGGUUCGCGGUCAUUGACCUAAGAGGCGCGAAUACGAGCACUGGUGGUGAACUUGAGCCGUUCCCCGGAGCCGACUGGUUCAAGUCAUCUCCUAACAGCCCGAUCGUGACUGCCAUGGGAAAGAGACUGGUGGCGGAAGACUGUGGGAAGUACACAGAGAGUCCGGGCCCCCAGUGGACUGAGGCGGACCGGGAGUCUUAUCAGUGUUGGCAGGAGAAGCUUGGGUACACAACUAAGGACGCUGAUGGGUGGCCCGGGAAAGUAACUUGGGAUCAGCUCAAGGUGCCUCUAACGAAGAGCACCGGGUCUUCUACAACCACGGAGAUGCCGUCUAGCACGAGUACAGGUACGGGAGCGCCUACGGGUACGUCUGCUCCGGAUACAAGUGCCUCCUCGGGGUCGUCACUCGGCGGAGGGGAAAUCGCCGGGGUAGUGGUGGGCUCUCUGGUCGGGCUGGGACUCAUCGGGGCGAUAAUCUAUCUCGCGCGACGUAUAGGGCGACGAUCUGCUCCGGUUUCCGAAGAGCAGGAGGCAGAGGGUGGUGGUGGUGAUGAAGAUAAUAAUGUCGAAGGUGCUGCAGUAGCAGGAGAAUCAAAGUCGAUGGAGAAAUUGCCUUCAGAGGCUGAGGCUAUUCCACCAAAAAACCAGAAGCAGCACUUUGCUGCCGAGCUUCCGGGAGAGUCGAUAGUGGAGUUGAGUGAUAGUCGAGGGAUCCUUGAAUUAGAAGACAGUCGGACAGAGGAUAAAAUAAAGCAGUCGGCUUGUUAA